CUUCCAACACUCAUGAUGUCUUCCAGCACGAAAAGCGUACAGCAUCGGCGCCGAAAGCUCUCGAACGCCACCACAGCCAGUGUCGCUGGUUCUGAACGGACCCGCGAUCGUCGACAAAACAAAACUCUCACGUGCACUAAUUGUAGGGUUCGCAAGACAAGAUGCGAUGGGACUCAACCAGGUUGCAAAACUUGUGAAGUCUAUCACGAUGAAUGCCGAUAUGAAAGGCCACCACCAAUGUCGCAAAUCAUCGCAAUGGCAAAGCGACUCCAAGAAGCUGAAGACAUUAUUGCAAAUUUGAAUGGACAUCGAAGUACAACGAGUACUCAAGCCUUGGGUGAUGACAUCGUGGCUACUUCAGAGAACGCCUCCAGUACUCGGACUAGCACCCCAAAACCAAGUGUAGCUGAAGAUGAGCACCUGCCAGCUGAACACACGGAAACCCAGAUCGACGGUAUUACAUCCUACAAAACAGUACCUGGGGAUUCUCUACUAUCAGAUCUCAGCUUAGAUGAGCACGGAAAAAUUUGCUACUACGGCCCUACCUCAGCUGUCCAUGAACCACCCAACCCUGAGAAUCACCAGUCUCCCAGCGUUGAUCUUCAGACACGCCAGUCAAAGCUGGAGAUUACGUCCAUGCUCACAUCGAAUGCUAGAGAGUUGAGAGCCUGGGAAGAGUUUGCCUUAGGAAAUUUGGCAUUCCAAAGCGAUCUUCCACGCGAGACUAUUACACAACUCCUUCAGAUCCAUUGGACAUGGAUAUCACCUAUGUUCAUGUGGGUUUAUAGACCUGCAUUCAUGCGCGAUAUGACGACUGAUGGUCCAUACUUCUCGCAAUUCCUACUCAUUGUUUUGUGUGCUCAUGCAGCAAGAUUCCAAAAUGGGCAAAUUGGACACAUGUUAAUCUCUCGAGCGCGAUUGCUUCUAGGCACAGAGAUCCAUCGUCCAAGCUCAAUCCCAACAGUCCAAGCAUUAUUGCAACUGAGUGCAAGAGACCUAGCUUUUGGGUCAAUCUCUCAAGCUUGGCUUUAUAGUGGAAUGGCGUUCAGGAUGGUUAGCGACCUGGGUUUGCAUCAAAGCACAGCCAAAAUGGUUGAACUUGGCCACCUUUCUAGCGAAGAUUUGGAAAUUCGAAGAAGACUGUUCUGGAGCUGCUACUUCUGGGACAAGGCCAUCAGUCUUUACCUUGGCCGAAUGCCCGCUCUUACAGAGCUGCCAUCUGAUCCAGCACCAGAAUUAAUGGAUCAAUUCGGGGAGACUGAGUAUUGGAGCCCAUAUUAUGGGCAAACGGGGAAUCUCUCGGAGAUCCCUGGAGGAAGUUAUCCACCGAUGAAGUCCCACUCAGUAUCGUGCUUCGAGAACUCCUGCAGGCUCGCUGUCAUUUUAAAUCAUAUCAUCUUGCAAUUAUAUUCCAGGCGGACGCCAACUCAAGUUGAUCUUCGAUCCAUCAGAGAGGAGCUAGAUGCGUGGAGAUCUCAAUCGCCGCAUCACUUGGUAUACGAUCCUGACAACCUCCCCGAAAUUUCACCUCCUCCUCACAUUCUCACGCAGAACUUGCUUUUUUACACCACGAUCAUUCUACUCCAUCGUCCAUUCUAUUCAUCCGCUGUACAUCAUUUAGCAUGUCGAAAUGCUGCAGGCAGCAUUGAAAAGCUUCUACUGUUGUUGGAGAAAACUUUCAGCUUUAACCGGAUCACGUACUUGAUGGCAUACUGCAUCUACACGGGGGCAUCGGUAUUGAUACAAGACGUCAAAGCAGGCGAUCUCGAUGCAGAUGCAAAAAUGAAGACUUUCCAUCGAGCACUUAAAGGCGGCGUCCUCACAUGCCCAGUAGUGCAACGAAGCAUCGACAUUAUCAACAAUAGUCUCAAAAACUCUACUCAAUCAUCAGGGUCUGAUAGAGAGAGCCAUCGAGACGGUUUUCUUCGAAACUACCUGCCUGCGUUCCCGUACAGCGACAACUAUUCCGAGUUUCCGGGCUACGCAGAUCUCGGCAUUACGGACUUCGACGCCAACUUGUUGGAGUGUUUUCCUGAAAAUCACAUCGAUAUCAACCUGGCAAAUGAGUGGGAAUGGCCUUUCAAUCAAACGUUGUAGAUUGUUUGUAUAUGUCACCUAUUCAAGAAAUGUGAUACUAGAAAAACUUGGUCUCAGGUUCUUCUUAAAUACGAUUUCGGUGUAUAUCUCUGUCUAGUCUUGAGCAUCAUAUUGCCACAACCGGCGUGGGUUCUCUACCCAAAUCUUCUGUAUCAAAUCUUCAUCAUAUUUGCACCAUUCUUUGCACCUCACGAUGAAAUCUGUUGUCGAGACAACUCUGUACUCCUGCACUUUCUUCCUGUCGCCGCCAGGAUUUCUGGAAACACCUCCAGAGUGUGGCCAAUCACUAGCCCAAACGACCUGAGUUGGGGCGCAACGCAGAAUUUCCUCAACAUAUUCCCCUAUUCCCGGUGUAUUUGGGAAUCGAUACGUU